AGUCGCUCGCCGGCAGGCCUGUGAGUAACAUGGUGCGCGCCGCGGGGCCACGGCUGCCGCGCUGAUGGCGACGCCGACGCUGCCGCUGCGGCUGCAGCUGGCGGUGGCCGCGCUGCUCGCCGCCGCCGGCGUGCGCCGCUGCUGCGGCCGCUCCUGGACCGACGCGGCGCCGUGGACGACGUUGCAGGCGGCGGGCGCUCCACCGCUCCCGGUGGGGGCGGACGGGCUGGGGGCGGGUGUGGGGGCUGGGGAGGCGGAAGAGGCGGUGGCGGCGUGGCCCUCCCCCGCCGCGCGCGCCCCCGACGAUCCGGAGUUCGUGGCGCCCAUCCAGAACCUGACGACGCCCGUCGGCCGGGAGGCCGUCUUCGUCUGCUCCGUCAACAACCUCGGCAAGUACAAGGUGGGGUGGCUGCGAGCAGAGGACCAGACGGUGCUGACCCUCCACGACAAGGUGGUGACGCACAACGCGCGCAUCACGUCCACGCACGACAACCAGCGCACGUGGCGGCUGCACAUCCGGCACGUGAAGGAGACGGACCGCGGCUGCUACAUGUGCCAGAUCAACACCAGCGUCAUGAAGAAGCAGCUCGGCUGCCUAGACGUGCACGUGCCGCCGGACAUCGUGAACGACGAGACGAGCACCGACCUGGCGGUGCAGGAGGGCGAGAACGCAACGCUGGUUUGCCGCGCCACCGGACACCCGCCGCCGCGCAUCGCCUGGAGGCGCGAGGACGGACAGCCCAUCCUGCUGCGCCGCGGCCCGCGCGACUCCAUCAAGGUGGACACGUACAACGGGAGCACGCUGCCCUUCUGGCGCAUGGACCGCCGCCAGAUGGGCGCCUUCCUGUGCAUCGCCUCCAACGACGUGCCGCCCGCCGUCAGCAAGCGCGUCACGCUCAACGUCAACUUUGCGCCAUCGGUGCGGGUUCCUAACCAGCUGCUGGGAGCGCCUCUGGGGACAGACGUGCAGCUGGAGUGCUUCGUGGAGGCCUUCCCCAACACCAUCAACUACUGGGUCAAGAACCGCGGCGAGAUGCUGCUUGACGGGCCCAAGUACGCGAUCCGCGAGAGCCGGGCUUCCUACAAGUCCUACAUGUGGCUGGUGAUCCGCAGCUUCAGCCGGUCGGACAUCGGAACCUACAACUGCGUCGCCACCAACUCACUGGGGCGGGCAGAGGGUACCCUCCGACUUUACGAGAUUAAGGUGUAUCCUGGCAUCUCGCGAGGGUCACUCGGCAGCCAUGUCUCCAUACCUGGAGGCGUGGCGGAGGCAGCUCGGGACAAGGAUUCGUCUCGAGAUGAGGACAGCGCGGAGCAGUCGGCAGGCACCUCGGGAGCCGUGCAGGUGUCGGGGGCGGCAGCGGGGGCGUUGCUGCUGGCCGUGGCGGCGGCAGUGGUGGUACUCAGCUGACACGGCGGCCUCGGGGACGUCUAAUGUCCGCGGUGGGCAGCGCGCCAACUGGAACUCUCUGCUCCAGCCACUGUGCUCCGCUGCACAGGGAGGUCCAGACGCUGGCAGCGGGAACACAGUGAAUCCCGAAUCUGUACGUGCUUUGGUGGGCACACUGAGAGACUCGAGCAAUUUCUCAGCACUUCGGCUUAUACCUAACCGACUAGACUCCAUUCUGCUGUUUCCUGUGUGGUGACGAGCAUUUGUGAACGUUGUAAACUGUCUGUAAGUGAGAAAAUUGAGCCCUUCCGCAAACAGGAACAAGCUUCCUUAGGGAAGCUAAUUUUGACUCCGUUACCUAUUUGUAAUACAUCGAAAAUCUUAAUGUCAGCUCCUAUGGAAACCUUUACUACUGUUACAAUGACCUUUUCAAGUAUGUGUAUGUGCAUGUGUACAUGCAUGACUUUUCAUCCUACUCCUCGUAACCUAAAGGAUACGCAGAAUUUCUAAAUUAUAUAUGGUGAUUGCAGUUGUACUGCUCCUGUCUUUGGCGUUAUACGGGACAGAAUGAAGCAUCUGGUGCGUAUCCAUACACACACACACACACACACUCACACACACACACACACACACACACACACACACACACACACACACACACACACACACACACACAACCUAAAAAACCGCUUGAAACCGCUAGUAAACAAUCGAAAUUGCGGUCAUGUUGGUACGAUAUGAUUUUCGGAAAAUAUGUGAAAAAUGUGGGUCAUACUACGAAAUAUUUUUAAAUAUUUUAUUGUGGUCAAGGGAUGUAUAAGACCGACUUAAUUUAGCAUCCCGAAGAUUCACGUUUAGUGCUUUCUGUGUGUAAUCAUCCCCACGAAAUGGUCAAUAAUUGUCGACGAGCAGGAGACUGAGAACUCUCUCAACAACGUUCUUUUCUGUAACAUCUUCCUGUAGUUCCAGUUUUAGACAUUCUGCUUUUAUUACAGGGCAAUUGUAUUCGAGAUAAAAACUUAUAAGAUACGGAUUAACCAGAUCAUUCCUGUUCAGUGUUUGUCCAACGAAGAUAUACCACUCUGUUAAAUUCGUUAGGCUUAAAAUAAUAUCUCCUUAACGGGCUGACAAUAAGUUGAACCAUAGUUUCAAUGGGUAACCUCUGGAAUUUGUGUGAGCUGUGUCGUUACACCUAUGAAGUAUAACAAACCGAAUGAAUUUUCCAAAACAUUUUUCCAAAAUAGCGCGAUGAAUAUCAUAUAACUGAAGUGAUCAGCAGAAGAAAGUGCUAAGGGUCAAGAGGAUAUUUUGGGUUGCUGUUUACUGUACGUUUGGUUAAAUUCAGAUACAAGAAGAUAGAUGUAAAGGAACAAAAUAACUUUUAUAGCAGGCAGUGCUUUCUAAGGUUGCAUAUGUAAGUGCUGGCUGCCAUUGUAAAAAAGAGAAAAUAAUUUAUAUAGUAGACUGUUCUUUCUAAGGUAUAUAUAACUACUGACUACCCACACUUGAUGCAUUGGGAAACGCAGCAGGUAGUGCGAUCAUACUAAACGCUACUAAAUGGAUGGUCAGCACCCUUUUCUGCAGGUCCCCUUCUUCAAUUACAACCAACAUCCAUAAAAAAAAUUCACGAGAUAAAUUACAACAAUGUGAGAACAAAAUCAGCUAGUUCCGAAGAAGUAAUAGAGACUUACGUACAAACAUGGCUUGGAAUUGAGAAAUGCUUCUUAAAUAUAUUUAAUCAAACUGCUACUCUACAUGGCAUUAAUUGUUUGCGGUAAAGUUUGGCGUGUCGCAUUAUACCUCCAUGCAGUUCAUUAUUUAAGCACUGAGAGAACUUACGUUACAGGUGUGAGAAACUUUGAUUUUAAGAGUAUAGAGAAUUGUGAAUCCAAACAAGUUAGGUAAAGAGGCUAUAAAAUUCAACGCACUAUUCUGGCAAAACAAAUGUUAAAGAUCAGUAGGAGCGUAACCAAGGCUUCAUUUCGAUUGGGCGCUUAAUUAUUCACGAAUAACAUUUUUCCUUCAGUAUGAAUAUGGAAAUUAUUCAUUGAAACUUAUGAAAUCCUGCCAAUACUAUUCAGAGUGAGAAGUACGUGCAACAACGUUCUGUUGGCAGAUUUAAGUCGCCGCUGUCUGCUCACUGAUGUACAUCCUAAACAGCUGAAAAAAUCAAAUCUCUGUCUCCAACUGAAUUAUGCUCAUUUACAGCUGUAACCGAGUCUGAAAGCUGUGCUUGUUUAGUUUGUCGACUACGACUAGGUCUUUAGAAUCCGAAGAGUCAGACAGAAUAUAUAGCAGUUUAUUAUCACCACAAUAUUUUGUUCAAUUUCUGGCUAACAGAACCAUCUAUCGUCUCUUGAGCCAUUUAUAGCGCAGAGAAUAUUCAGGUAGUAGCAUUCAAUGUUAUCCGCUCUCAUACUUGCUUCGGUAUCGCACUGCAUUAAAUUAAGUACUGGUUCUUAAGUUAAGAUAUCACUAUAUUUUAUGUAAUGGUUUCCAAACGAUUGUAAAUCUAAGAAUGUGUUGUAAUGAAUACCAAAGCUAGCGGAAAUAUUUUUGGCUUACUUGUAGGAAAUAAGAUUCAGUUUGUACCCGAUAUUCUUUUGUCUGCAAAAGGAUUUUAUUGUCUCUUAAUUUUUCGUAAGUAUUCAGUACAGUUAGUUAUUCGUAUGGCACAUUUUGUUGGGCCGGUGACUGGCCACGGCUCUGAAAAACCCUGGCUGAACUGUGGCAAUAAUAGAUACUAGCAUGGGGUUGAGGUACUGUGUGACAUAUUACCUAUCGUGGCAACAAUGAUGAAUGACGUCAAAUAGAAGUCCGAAAAUUGCCUUACUCGUGUGAGGCACUUCUAAGGUAAUGUGCAGUGUUUUUAUAGCAAUACACCGUUAAUUUGAUUCUCAUUUGAACUGCUCUUUUCAUAAAUUUGUUAGAAGCGUACUAAAUUCUUUCCUUGUCUUCUUUCUUCCUAGUUAUUACUGUGGACUUUCCGUCCCUUUAGUUCAAAUUACAAAAACCGGAACCUUUAUCUUCUCCAAAUAUUAGCUUGCAUAUGCUCGAUAAAAUGUAAUUUAAUCAUUGUUGCAAGUUACGCAGCUGUGCGUUUUGUACAAUGAGUACCUUAUUACAAAACGUGAUUCAGACGCCUUACUGACUACAAAAAUUAGAAAAGAUUCAGUAUGUCCCUGAAAGAUACUUUAUGCUCUAAAACUGGUUUGUAUGACAUACUAGCCAUCAUAAGAGUACGCCUCUUAAAUCCCACUAACAUCUUGAGGUUACAGGGAAUCUUAUUAUAAGCAAGAGAAUAAUUUGUAACUUCCUGAUACUAUAAAAAUGCUCAUUAAGCUUUCGUGAAAGAUAUGCAAUUCUACGUUCUAACAGCGCCCAGAACGUGAAAAUACUUAUUAAUCAAAAUGUAAUUUUCUAAUGUGACUGUAUAAAUGUGUAAAUGUGAGCAUAAAAUAAAGUUUGUCUUAUAUAAACAUGAAAAA